AUGAGACCGGAGCGGAAAAAAUCGAAGCACUUGAGCGAUAAGUGGGAAAGAAAAUCAGGCGUGCUAUCUCUAUGGGCGUGUAUCACCAGAUCGGUUUCAGAGUCGUCACAAGUCAGCGAUGGACGCAAGGAGGCAAGCACAAAGAGGUGCAGCGCAUAUCAGACAGGCGCAGUCUGGGCCAGCGGCGCUGCAGAGGAGAGGGGAUUUUCUGCGAGAAGGGCAGAAUUUGGGGGGGGUGAUGAAGCAGAAGAAGAGGAGGAGAAGAAGAAGAAGAAGGGAGCGCAACGAGUUGAGGAUAGAACUUUGAACGAAUGA